CACAACACUCGCAAAGCUCCUGGAGCUGUAUGUAGCUACCAAGCUUGAUGUCUCCUGCUCCCUUCCUCUUUUGCAUUGCAUUAUUUUGAGUAAUGAGUCCAAUUAUCUAACCUCUAAAGGAUUUCAACACGCUGUAGAAAUACAUAGUUGUAAGAUGCCAUAUAAUCAAAGCCAUUAAUUUUGAUAAAUUCCCUUUUUCUAACUUAAACUGAAAUGAACAUUAUAGGAAAGCUCAGUUUAAUGAUACCAUGGAGUAUAUUCUUGCUUCAUUCACUGCUGUCCACUUUGCAAGGAUCUUAUUGCAAGCUUUCUGUUUUGAGAAGAACUUUGAGAAAUGAGUCUAAUGCAACUCGACAGAAAAGAGAUCUUGUAACAGCCGAGGUUCAAGCUGCCUCUCGGUUGCACCAUCAUGGGGCCCUGAUGCGAAGUCCACCAGGAGGCUCAUGUCCCCAGGAGUGCCUUAAUGGAGCAGCCUGCACAGAGGCAGGUGACUGUGACUGCCAGUUAUUUCAGGCUCAAGGAAGCAGGUGCCAAAUUGUACCUAACACUGGUAAGGACCGAGAUGGAAUUUGCAAAUCAUGGGGACAGUAUAAUUUUGAAACUUUUGAUGGCAUCUACUACUACUUCCCAGGAAAUUGCUCCUAUAUAUUUGCAAAAGACUGCAGUACUCUGGAACCCCAGUAUACUGUUUGGGUUCAUAACAGUCCUCACUGUUAUGGCUCAGUAUAUACUUGUCAUAGGUCCAUCAGCUUAUUUUUUUCAAACCAAGAAGAAAUAAUGAUUUCAGGACAUGAAGUAAGAAAAAAUGGAAUCAGAUUAAUAUUGCCUCAGACAGUUGGAAAUGCUUUCAUUGAGAGACUGGCUGACUAUAUUCUGGUGAAGACUACCUUUGGUUUUUCUCUUGCUUGGGAUGGAAACUCUGGUAUUUAUAUUAAGCUGACAGAAGAUCAUAAGGGAAAAUCUUGUGGCCUUUGUGGAAAUUUUAAUGGCAAUAAAUAUGAUGACCUGAUACUUCAAAAUAUUGGUGAAUAUACAGAAGACAUUGCUGAAUUUGCAAAUAGCUGGGCUGUGCAAGCCUCAGAUGAUAUAACUUGUGUCCCUACUGCCUCGGAUUUUUCCAGUCCUUGCUCAGCCAAUGCAGAAUCCACUGAGGACAUAUUCUUCAAGUGCCAAAUAUUCCUACAGUUUCCUUUUCUCAGCUGUCAUGAAAGUAUAGAUCCGUAUUCUUAUAUUUCAAGCUGUAUGAAUGAUCUUUGCAGAGUGGAUGACGAUGAAACAUACUGCAGGGCAGUGACAGAGUACGCUAGAGCAUGCUCUCACGCUGGGUCCCCGGUGCGGGACUGGAGGGAUGACUUUCCUGCCUGUACUGAGAAGUGUGAAGACACCUUUGUUCACCGUGACUGUAUCAGUUGUUGUCCACCAACUUGCACAUUUGAAAAAGAUUGUCUUGGCAGCAAUCUGCACUGUUUAGAUGGCUGUUACUGUCCAGAUGGUCUCAUUAUGGAAAAUGGAACUUGUAUCUCUUUGUCGAAUUGUCCUUGUAUUUAUCACGGAACUGCUUUCCCUGUAGGCUCAAAAAUUGAACAAGAAUGUAGCAACUGUAUAUGUGUUGGUGGCAUUUGGAACUGCACUGAUCAUGAUUGUCCAGCUGAGUGCUCCAUCAUAGGCAGCUCUCAUUUCACAACAUUUGAUGGACGUCAUUUUACCUUUCUUGGGAUUUGCCAGUACAUUUUGGUAAAAGGCACUGGAAAAAACAAAUUCACAAUCACUUUACAAAAAGCACCUUGUGGACAGAACUUUGACCAUGCCUGCAUUGAGUCUAUAACACUAGUUCUUGAAGAUGAUGUGAGGAAACAAGUAACUCUCACAAGAUAUGGUCAAAUCCAAACUGUCCCUAACCAAGCUUUUAACCUCAAUGGGGCUAUUGAAAUUCAGAAUGUAUCUUCUUUCUUUGUUCAACUGAAAACUAGUUUUGGUUUGAAGAUACUGUUUGCUAAAGAUGGAGAGAGGAUCUAUGUUCAAGUUGAUGUCAGAUGGAAGAGAAGAACAUUAGGGCUAUGUGGAACAUACAAUGGAAAUUUAAGAGAUGAUUUUCUAUCUCCAGCAGGGAUGAUAGAAGGGACCCCUCAACUUCAUGCCAACGCAUGGAAGGUAUCCUCAGCUUGCUCCAUGCCUGUCAAUAUUCCUGUGGUUGAUCCCUGCAACAUGAAUCAGCAAAAUGCUGGGUAUGCAUCUCACUGUGAUGUCAUCAACCAAGACAUUUUUGCUCCCUGCCAUGCCUACAUCAGUCCAGGGUUGUACUACCAGCUCUGCCGCUUCGAUGCCUGCAAAUGUGGAAGCAGCUGCUUGUGCAAUGCUUUGGCACACUACGCUUAUGUCUGUGGCAAGCACGGUGUCAUUGUUGACUUCAGAUCUCAUGUUUCUUACUGUGCUGUGAUGUGUCACAGUGGUAUGCUUUAUCAUCAGUGCUCUUCUUUUUGUAAACAUUCCUGUGCUUCACUUUCUGUGGCAAAUAUCUGUGCUGAUGACUGUGCAGAAGGAUGUAAUUGUCCUGAUGGGAAGUAUUUUGAAGAGUCCGUCAACUUUUGUGUCUCAAUGUCUGGCUGUCAUUGUCGUUACAAAGGCAAAGUCCUCCAGCCUGGAGAAAUCCUUCCUACUCCAACAGGCUCUUGCCAAUGUUUGAAUGGAACAGUGAAAUGUAUUGAAGCCACUACAGAAAACAUAGUUCACGUAUGCCCUGAAGGAAAAAUCUACUAUGACUGCAGAUCUCCUGUGCCUGGGUUGCCAGCAGCGGGUGUGAAUUGUGGGAUCUCUUGUGCAAACCUUGCCAUGAACUUCUCCUGUGUCCCCUCACCACCCUGUGCGAGUGGCUGCAUUUGCCCCCCGGGGAUGGCUGAGCACAGAGGGAAAUGUUAUAUUCCUGACAGUUGUCCGUGCACCUGGAAAGACAGAGAAUUUCUGUCAGGAGAAGUGAUAGCUACUCCAUGUUACACCUGUGUUUGUAGGAGAGGUGUCUUCAACUGCACCAGUUACCCCUGCCCUGCUGUGUGCACCAUUUAUGGAGACCGACAUUAUUACACCUUUGAUGGACUGGAGUAUGAUUAUGUCAGUGACUGCCAAACUUACCUGCUAAAGAGCACAGAUAACUCAAAUAUAUCUAUAAUUGCCCAGAACAAAAAGUGCUUUGACAAUGAUAUUGUUUGCUCAAAGAAUGUUUUCAUCUCUGUUGGAGACACUGAGAUUUAUUUUAGCGAACCUUCUGAGAAGCAGAAGACCCUAGGGGCACAGGAAAACAAAUCUAACUAUCAGCUUUGGAAGGCUGGAUAUUAUACUGUGAUACACUUUCCAGAACAGGACAUUACAAUUCUGUGGGAUAAGAAGACAAUGAUGCAUGUUAAAGUUGGACCUCGAUGGAAGGGCAAACUGGCAGGCUUGUGUGGAAAUUUUGACAAAUAUACUUCAAAUGAUCUGACUACAUCAAACAACAUGGAGGUGAGAAAUGCACAGGUGUUUGGAGACAGCUGGGUAUUAGGACAGUGCAAGAGCCCAAAUGAAACACUGAGGCCAUGUGAAGUACAUCAGAGCAAGUUCCCUUAUGCCAAAAAGGAAUGCUCAAUUUUAUACAGUGAUCUUUUUGCACCUUGUCGCAAUGUGAUUGAUGUGACUUCUUUUAUCAAAAAUUGUCACACAGAUACAUGCAAUUGCAAUCUUGGUGGGGACUGUGAGUGUUUGUGUACCAGUAUUGCAGCUUAUGCCCACAAGUGCUGCCAGCAAGGAGCAGUGAUUCACUGGCGAUCUCCUUUGCUCUGUGCUUAUGAUUGUGAAUAUUACAACCAAGGUCUUGGUGAAGGACCCUAUAUUUUGGCAAGUUUUGGAAUGAAUGACACAAUUAUAGGGGCUAAUGUAUCCAGCAGAAGGAUAUUUCCCCUGCCUAGAACUGGAGCACAUGGAAAUGUAAUUUUCAGUUUCAUGAUAACUCCAGGUCUUUUCAAAGAUAAAGAUUUAUCUCUGUCUCUUGUUUCCCUUGAAUCUGCUGAAAGACCAAACUAUUUUCUGUAUGUACAUGACAAUGAAACCAUUGGGUUGGAGCAGUGGCAGGCAAGUGCCUCCUUUCAGAGACGAGCCACCUUCUUCCAUCACCGUGGUCUCUGGAGUCCAGGGCUCAGUGCCUUCGAGCUGCACAGUAAAAAAGGCUUUUUCAUCAUUCUCACAUCAUCCAGUGUUAAAGUGGAAAAGUAUGAUGACUCAGAAGAAUUCAAGCAUUUCAGUAGUUUUAGUAUUGAAGAACUCAGUGCUUCUGUGCCUUACAGAAGGAUGUGUGAAUGGCGAUAUGAAUCUUGUGCUAAUCCUUGUUAUAAGACAUGUAGUGAUCCUGAAGGAAUAGCAUGUAAAUUUCUUCCUCUGGUUGAAGGAUGCAUGCCAUACUGUCCCAAAAACAUGAUCCUUGAUGAGGUCACACUUAGAUGUGUUUAUCCAGAAGACUGCAUACCUGUGACACCUACAGAAUCAGAAAUUGGACUGAAACCUUCAGUGUUAAUCUCUCACAUGGGUCCUUCCACAGAGAGAUUUCCUCUGACACCUUCUGUAUUUGUUACUUCAGGAAAUAAAUCAACUCUCAUCAGUGUGACAGACAAAAUAACCAUGAGUGCAAAUACAGCUUCAAGGGGAAUGAAUGUGUCAGCACAGUCCAUUACAGACUUUUAUUCAUUGGAAGCAUCUAAUGCAGCCACCUAUUCAACAUUUUCAUUACCAAGUACAGUGGAGCCUUCUGAUGUACUUCACAGCACAGCCAGCCCUACUGUCCUUUCCAAACCCAUCCCUUCAGCAGAUUUUCCAAUUCUUCUUCAAGCCUCAGCAGUCACAUCACAUACUGCCCUCUCUAACACAUCUAUAACUUUACCCAUUACAAUAACAACUCCUACAACUCUGCUCAGUGCAAGUCCUGUUCCAACACAUCCUGCAUUAUUAACACCUGCUUCCCUAGUGGUAGUUCCAUUUUCACUUGAAACAUCAACCACUCAGCUAGGAGCAGUUCGACCUUCCUCAGCACUAACAGCUUUAGCUUCCAAGAUAUCUCUUGUCACUUCUGAGCUGCCUGCAGGGAUUGGGAGGAGUAGGAGUCCUUCAGUAAGUCAUUCUAAGGGAGCAGAAAUACUCCCUGAAGUGUCUUUGUCUGCCUUGUGGGCUGACAAAGAAACUUUCACAAGACCUGUGUUUCUUCUAGGUCCACAAUUGACACACAGCACUUCUGUAUCUACUUUGCCUGUUAGAACUAGGUCUAGCAUUAAUCAAACUGCAGUUUACCCAACACUCAUUUCUGCACUGACUUCAACUGCUCCUCAAAUUCCUAAGGUGACUAGAUUUUCUAGCUCUGGCACAAGUGUUCCUCAAUUAAUCCCAGUUUCGUAUUUCAGAACAGCAAAACCCUUGUCUAAAACCUCUCUGAUAUCAUUAAAUGAUAGUUCUUCAGCCAGUUUUUCUCCAAAGCCAUUUUCAUCUUCUGUGCUAACUUCAAGGACUGUUCCCGAGCAGACAUCUCCAUUAAAGAAGGGCAGUAUUUCUGCUGCUCUGCCAAUAAUGACGGUAUCUUCACCUCAAGUUUUUUCUCAAAUCCCUAAAAACACUUCUUCAAGUCCUUCUGCAACAUGCACAGUAUCUACAUCAGUGUGUUCACUGUUUACCUCCCUGAAGUCCAAAGCUAUGACAGGUGUCUCUGUUGCCCCUCAAAGUUUUUAUACAGUGCAUUCUGGUGCUCCCACUCUUCUAGGCAAUUCAACAGUCUUUGAUAGGUCUGUAGUGAGUAAAGCCUCAACAGAAAAUAAGCAUAUAAUGCACACUGAUUUCUUUUCAUUGUCAUCCAUUUCUAAAAAGCCAAUGAAAUCCAUUAUGUCUACACACUUCCUCCUCAGAACAUUUGUAUUACCUUUAAAUGUUACAUCAAUAACUGCUUCAGAACUUACAGAGUACCCAAAAAGUUCAGAUACAGAAUUGAAAACUGACUCUGUGGCUCAAAGUUCAGGUACUUUCAUUUCUAAAGAUCCUUCUUUUACAAGGUCAUUAUCUUUAUUUACAACCUUGUUAUCAACAUCAGUACCAUCUUAUGUGACAUCUCAGGCUACAAGUCCUUUAUUGAUUCCCACAGUCAGUAGCACAUCAUCACUGACACAAAAUGUAAGUGCUACCCAAGCAUCAGUUUCAUCUCUAGAUACACAAGAAACUUCAAAAAUUCCAAUUCUAGACAUUGCAACUUCUGUGGAUUUCUCUAAAUUCACCUUAAAAAUAAGUCUCUCUACCAACUUUUCAGCACCACUAAAAACAUCCAUUGUAAUGCCCUCUUUACUAAUGCCUACUGCCUCUGAAAUCACUUUAGAAAGCCAGCCCUCUAUGCCUUCACCUCCUCCUAAGAUCACUCAUAUCUCUAAUGUUUCUCUAGGAAAACAGAGUUCUUCAGUAAGUUCUUCAGAAGAAGAUGGAACAGUAUCAGCCAUACCAGCUGGAAUCAUCACUCAAUCCACUACACCAAUGGUCACGAACGCAACAGUGAAUGCUACAUCCUCAAAAGCACCUUAUCUUUUUGCAAAAAUACUACCUAGUUCUUCUGCCAGUUUAUUAGUUUCUUCAGGCACUACCCUAGCCUCUAGAAUUACUACAAAAACCACUGAUUCUUUUGUUGUCAAUCUGGAUUUUUAUAUGGCUUCAGCUUCAGUUCCUACCAUCAUAGAAACACACAAAUCUGUAUUUACAAGUGCAGUAACUCAAGCUUCACAGAGCACUAGAGAAACUCCAAAGACUGAUAUAAUGAAAACAACUAGUACUACAAGUCCACUGUCACAGAUGAAGAGUACCUCAUACAUAGCAUCAGAAGUUAAAUACACAACUUCAUUUGAAAAAACUGUGGAUAUUUCAGAAGAUGGUCAGACUUCACAUGAAGAAAAAAAUGCUACAGAGACAACCACAAAAUCUUCCUCUCCUUAUUUGCCAGUAACUGCAGUUCAGAGUCUGCUUUUUUCAAGAAAUACAACCUCAGUAAAAAAUAUCUCCCUAUCUGGAGUCCUGGAUGUAAUGACAUCAGAUAGGUCCAAAAUCCCAACACAGAAACCCAUUACACCUUAUUUUAGUGUAACAGAGGCUGCAGAGCUGCAAACCAGAGCUGUAAUAGAUUUAUCUCAUUCUAGUGGUGGAAUGGCUCUGCCUUCCUCUUCAGAAACAACAGCUGUAGCUGACAAGGCUUACUUUGGAACAAUGAUGCAUACACUGAUAUCUACAUCUUCUGAGUGUGUGCCAAGAUACCUCGAACCUGUUGACAAAUGUAGCCAGUAUGUAUGUGUUAAUAUGGGUUGGAUGUUAUACAAUCUUUCAAGGAACUGCCCAAAGGAUGUGGAGAAGCCAGAUUGUGGUUUUAGAGGAAUGCCUGUUCAAGUUAACACUGAUAGCUGUUGUCCAGAAUGGGAAUGUCCCUGUCAGUGUUCUGUACUGUCUGAACUGAGUAUUAUUACGUUUGAUGGAAAUAACAUAGCCCUCUGUAAUAUGGCUUCCUAUGUUCUAGUCAAGUUACCAGGAGAAAUUAUUGUUGCUCAUAUUGAAAAAUGUCCUGCUAAUCAGAGUGCAAAUUCAAUAAGAAAACUAGUGCCACCUGCAAACACUUCAGGGCUCUGUUUUAAGAAAUUAAAUGUCACAACACACACUUGUCAAAUACUUAUCAAUCGUUUAGCAAGAAAAGUAGUCGUGGAUUCUGUAAUCCAGCCAUUACCAUUUUCAAAAGAAGGACUGAGUAUUCAGGAUACUGGUGCAAUGUAUGUUGUUAAUACCCCAGCUGGUAUUAGCAUCAAGUGGGCUCAUGUCACAGGCAUCAUAGAUAUACAGUACGGAUUGCACUCUAACACAACGAGGGAGACAGAAGGACUUUGUGGGGUGUGUAAUGGAGAUCCUAGUGAUGACCUGAAAAUGCAAAAUAUGACCAUAAUUACAAAUAUGGAGGAAAUUGAAAUGUUCAUUAAGAGUUGGGAAAUUGAGAAAUCGCUUGAUGUAACAACCAGGAGGCCAGUAAGAAACUGUACUGAAGAUAAUUGCACAUACUGUAUGGAGCUAUUAAACAGAAGCAUUUUCAUCCCUUGUCACAAGAAAGUGUCACCAGAGGAAUUUUGUGAGAAGAUGUGGAUCAACAGUACUAAUUUUUGGAAUUAUGAGUGUGAUGCACUUUCUGCAUAUGUGGCUUUAUGCAACAAGCACAAUAUCUGCAUUAGAUGGAGGUCACCUGAUUACUGUUCAUUGAGCUGUCCCGAGGGCAAGGAAUACCAGCCUUGUGUGCAGCCCUGUGAAGCCAAGACAUGCUUAAAUAAAUGGUUCUAUGAAGAUUCUCCCUGUUCCUAUUUAAGGGAAGACUGUGUGUGCAAAAACGGCACUAUUCUGCAUAGAACAGACUCUGACCUCUGUAUACCAGAAGAAAAAUGUACAUGUACAGAUAAUAAAGGACAACCCCGCUCUGCUGGAGAGAUCUGGAAUGGGUCCAUGAGAGGGUGCUGCAUGUACAGCUGUUUAGAAAAUGGAAGCAUUAUUGCUGUAGAACCUGAAUGCAGUGAGGAUCCAGCACCAGUCUGUGAAAGAGAAGGGGAAGUUCUACUCCAUGUCAUUGAAGAGAGAGCUUGCUGUCCAAAAAAAGUUUGUGAAUGUAACAUGUCAUUGUGUGAUGCCAUUGCUCCAACAUGCAAACCCAAUGAAAAAUUAGUGGUAGGCUACCACCCCUUGUCCUGCUGUCCACAGUACCGAUGUGAGUGUGACCCCUCGGUUUGUUUUAAUGCCUCCCAGCCUGACUGCAGAGAAGAUCAAUUUAUUGUUGAAGCAAAACAGGAAGAUCCCUGUUGUUUCUCUCAUCUCUGUGUUUGUGAAUCCUGUAUUGAGCCUGUUCCCUUGUGUAAUGAAGGGGAAAUUCUCACUGUAGACCUUAAUACCAUACACUACUGUUGUCCUCAUUACUACUGUGUUUGUGAUGAAAAUCUUUGUUCUGAGCCUCCUAUGAUAUGCACAGAUGACAUGACACCUGUGAAGGAAAAAGUACUUGGGCAAUGUUGUCCAGAAUGGCACUGUGAAUGUAGUUGUGAAAAUGCCUCUAUGCUGACCUGUAAAUUGGGGGAAGUUAAAAAAAUAGAUAGCAGUGUUUCCAGUGCUUGUGGAUGCACUCACUACAUUUGUGAGAAGGAUGAUGUGUGCAUCUUCCAAGAGGUCACAGUACUGAGCCCUGGACAGUCAGUGAUUCACUACUUAGAUGGAGACCUUUGUUACACUGUACAGUGUUUACAAGAAAAAGAUCAGAACACAGGCUACAAUGCCAUGCAUUUCACAAUGAUGAACUGUUCCCAGCAAUGUGAAGCUCACCAAGUAUACAUUCCUUCCUUCAGUCACCAUACUUGUUGUGGUACGUGUCAAAACGUGUCCUGCUCUUUUCAAACAGAGAAUGGAACGCUGACUGUGUAUGAGGAAGGAAGCACCUGGACCUCCAACUGUACCAACUACAAAUGUGUAAAGACUGCUGCAGGGGCUAUUGUCCUGGGGUCAAGUGUUGUCUGUCCCCCGUUCAAUGACACUGAGUGUACAAAGAAUGGAGGAAUUGUGCAGACGUAUAAUGAUGGCUGCUGCAAGACCUGUUCUGGAUUGGGUCUAUUACCCUUUGCCAUUAGUCCAGUAGUGCCUACUGAUAGUAUUAAUUGUGAACAAGGCAAAAAGGAAGAAAGGAUUUGCCAGAAAAUGACAAUCAGGACAACCAUAAGAAAAAAUGACUGUAUAAGUCAAAGCCCGGUAAAUGUGGCUUCUUGUGAUGGAAAAUGCCCAUCUGCAACAAUUUUCAAUGUCAAUAUUGAUAGCCAUCUAAGAUUCUGUAAAUGCUGUCGAGAAGUUGGAACACGAGUCCUGACUGUGCCCCUGCGCUGCUCAGGAAAUGGCACCGAAAUUCUGUACGUCCUUCAAGAGCCCAUAGACUGCUCAUGCCAAUGGAACUGAACAUCACUGUGGACAUGAUUUAACUUUCACCAGACACAGUUUUUUGGUCAUGGAUGAGUAUAGUAUUCUGCAGGGAAAUAAAAAAGGCAUCAGUUAUGCUUUACAAUGUAACUUUCCCCAAAUUUAGCAAAGAUAUUGUUUGUUGUUCUUUGAAUUGUCUUUGAAAAUACUGGAAAAAAUAGAAAAAACCCCAUAAAUCUUUUUGAACACGAUGUAGCUUAUCCAUCAUUUAUUUCUACUCAGUGGCUUUCUGAUGAGGUGGUGAAAAAAGCUGGUUAAUAUGGUUAGUAUUUCCAGUGUUUUAAAAUUUUGGAUCGUGGCUACCUAUCAAAGUUGAGACUUUCUCAAAUAAUUUCUCAAUGGUUCAUUUACUUAGAGGCCUCCCAUUGAAAACCAUCACCAAGUUUCAUGUUUAAACAGGAAAGAAGCAUAUUAAGAUUUUGAAAGUGACUAAAUUAAUUUAUUUUUAAAAUAAUGGGUUCUACUGUAACAUUCUUUACCUUGCUCAAGAAUCUGUAUUUUGUCCAUUAAGCUGUUGUCAGUGACUGGAUUCUGCUUACACUGUGAAUGAGAAACAACACUACUGUGAUCUGUAUGUACUUGUAGGAAAUCUCCAGAGUAUACAGCAGAAUCAUAGUAUCUUGAAACCUUAGACAUGUAUUUAAUUUUUAUGUAUAUUAUAAAUAUGAAGCAUGACUAGGCACAGGCUGAAGAAUUAUAGCUUUUGUGACUCAAAGAUAUCUGAAAGCCAUUUCUGCUGCAAAGGUUUCCAUCUUAUAUCCAUUUUUUCACUUUUCACAGAAAAGAAAUUGGCUGUUUGCUAGUAUAGAAUAAGAUUAUAUGUAUAUAUAUUUAUUAAAAAACCCCACAGUACUGCACAUUUUAAAUAUUCAUAAUGGGUUUUGUCUUUGUUUUCCUGUCCAGAGAUUUGUGUUCAAUGUAUUUUAUAAUUUGUUUUUUCAAUACAGAUAUUUAGACUAUUGCCUGAAUUUAGGAUUUAUAAUUUUUGAAUCCAGGAAAAAAAGUCAGGUAAAAUAAAUGUUUUGAAGGACUUAGGUGAGUUAUUCAUGCUCAAUCAAGCUGUAAAUAUCCAUGAUUCUGCAUCUUAAGUUGAAUAUCAUUUCCCUUUUGCUCGACAUAAUACAUAAGCUGCAUUUAAAAAUAAAGGAUGCAAGUUUAAUCUUGUUUUUAGAAGAUUACUUUGCUUUAUAAACUCACUGAAUGAAAAUGAUAUUAAUUAUGACAGUAUUUUCCUUAUCAAUUUUCCUUUUAACUGUGUGAGAAUUGAAAUUGUCUAAAUGUUUGAAAAUCUUCUGACAGUUUUGAUUUCAAGCUGUCAUUUAAUUGCAAAACGGUUGGAUUAUCACAUGGGUUAUUACAACGAAAAAUAAGCAAUUAAAACUGCCUUAAAAGCCAAGGCUAUUUUUCAACUUUGUGUGACAAAUCUUUGUUACAUUCAGUUUGAUGGCUUAUAAAGAAAAAUAGCUUAUACAGAGAAAUCUGUUGUUAUUAACAAGACUCAUCUACUCAUGCAUAUCAUUAAUAAUAGUGACUUGGUUUAAAAAUUAAAUAGCAAUCCAUUGUAAAAUAUCAGCAAAAUAUUUAACCAUUAUAAAGAAAAAAAGAUCAACUAGUGAUCAAAAUAAAGUGGCACUUUGAGAAAGUC